CGCUCCGUCCGAACCCGCGCUCGGCACCAGCCCAGCCCGGGCAAGCGGCCGCCACCUGCCCCGAACCGCCUCUGCCCGCCCCCACCGCGGCCCAACUUGGAUGGAGUUGGGGUCCUGAGCUCCUGCUCCUCGUAGCCGGCCAGCGGAGAGCCCCGCGCCGCCACCUCCGGUCCGGGACCCCUUCUCCGCUCCUCUCCGCUCCCGCAAUGGGAAAAGUUGGCGCCGGCGGCGGCUCCCCAGCCGGGCUGAGCGCGCUCCUCGCCGGCGCGGGGCUCUUAGUCCUCUGCGUCCCGGGCGCCUGCGGCGGCGGCGGCUCCUGCGGUCCCCCGCUGCACCCCAGCUCGGCCGCACGCUGGGCUCCGACCCGAGGGGGGCUUCCUCACCUGGGGCCGCGAGGCAGGGCUCCUGCCACGCCCCUGCUCGGACGCCCCGUGUUUGCAGUGGCCCCCGGAGACCGAGCGCUGUCCCUGGAGCGGGCCCCGGGCACUGGGGCGUCGGUGGCGAUUGCUCCACGCUCUGGCCGGAGGAGACGGAGUGGAGAGGAUCAAGAGAAGGCGGAACGGGGAGAGGGCACGAGAAGACGCCCCCGGGGAGUGCUAAGGGACAGAGGGCAGCAGGAGCCUGGGACUCUGGAGCGGGACCCGGACAAAGCCACUCGCUUCCGGCUGGAGGAGCUGAAACUGACCAGCACUACGUUCGCGCUGACAGGCGACUCAGCACACAACCAAGCCAUGGUCCACUGGUCUGGCCACAACAGCAGCGUGAUUCUCAUUUUGACAAAGCUGUAUGACUAUAACCUGGGGAGCAUCACGGAGAGCUCGCUUUGGAGGUCAACCGAUUAUGGGACAACCUAUGAGAAGCUGAAUGAUAAAGUUGGGUUGAAAACAAUUUUAAGCUAUCUCUACGUGUGUCCUACCAACAAGCGUAAGAUUAUGUUGCUCACAGACCCGGAGAUUGAGAGCAGUUUACUGAUCAGCUCGGACGAAGGGGCAACCUAUCAAAAGUACCGGCUGAACUUUUACAUCCAGAGCUUACUUUUCCACCCCAAGCAAGAGGACUGGAUUCUGGCAUACAGCCAAGACCAAAAGUUAUACAGCUCUGCUGAAUUUGGGAGAAGGUGGCAGCUUAUCCAGGAAGGGGUCGUACCGAACAGGUUCUACUGGUCUGUGAUGGGGUCGAACAAGGAACCAGAUCUUGUGCAUCUCGAGGCCAGAACCGUGGAUGGUCAUUCACAAUACCUAACCUGCCGAAUGCAGAACUGCACAGAGACCAGCAGAAACAAACCAUUCCCAGGCUACAUUGACCCAGACUCUUUGAUUGUCCAGGAUGAUUAUGUGUUUGUUCAGCUGACAUCAGGAGGACGGCCACACUACUACGUUUCCUACCGAAGGAAUGCGUUUGCCCAAAUGAAGCUGCCCAAAUAUGCUUUGCCCAAGGACAUGCAUGUCAUCAGCACUGAUGAGAACCAAGUGUUCGCAGCGGUCCAAGAAUGGAACCAAAAUGACACAUACAACCUCUACAUCUCAGACACCCGUGGUGUCUACUUCACUCUGGCCUUGGAGAAUGUCCAGAGCAGCAGAGGCCCUGAGGGCAACGUCAUGAUCGACCUCUAUGAGGUAGCAGGGAUAAAGGGAAUGUUCUUGGCUAACAAGAAGAUUGACAACCAAGUGAAGACUUUCAUCACGUACAACAAAGGCAGAGACUGGCAUUUGCUGCAGGCCCCGGACACGGACCUAAGGGGGGACCCUGUGCACUGCUUGCUGCCCUAUUGUUCACUACACCUUCACCUUAAGGUCUCUGAGAAUCCCUACACAUCAGGGAUCAUUGCCAGCCGAGACACAGCUCCCAGCAUCAUAGUGGCUUCAGGUAACAUAGGUUCUGAGUUGUCAGACAGCGACAUCAGCAUGUUUGUCUCUUCAGAUGCAGGGAACACUUGGAGGCAGAUCUUUGAAGAAGAGCACAGCGUUUUGUAUCUGGAUCAAGGUGGAGUCCUGGUUGCUAUGAAGCAUACGUCUCUCCCGAUUCGACAUCUCUGGUUAAGUUUUGAUGAAGGGAGAUCUUGGAGCAAAUACAGUUUCACAUCUAUUCCACUUUUUGUGGAUGGAGUUCUGGGUGAGCCCGGGGAAGAGACUCUAAUCAUGACAGUGUUUGGACACUUCAGCCACCGCUCUGAAUGGCAGCUGGUCAAAGUAGACUACAAGUCCAUUUUCGAUAGACGCUGUGCUGAGGAGGACUACAGACCCUGGCAGCUGCACAGCCAGGGGGAAGCAUGCAUCAUGGGAGCGAAAAGGAUAUAUAAGAAGAGAAAAUCAGAGCGGAAAUGUAUGCAAGGGAAAUAUGCGGGAGCUAUGGAGUCUGAACCCUGUGUCUGCACAGAGGCUGAUUUUGACUGUGACUAUGGUUAUGAGCGACACAGCAAUGGUCAGUGCCUGCCAGCCUUUUGGUUCAAUCCAUCUUCUCUGUCGAAGGACUGCAGCUUGGGACAGAGUUACCUCAAUAGUACUGGGUAUAGAAAGGUGGUUUCCAAUAACUGCACUGAUGGGGUGAGAGAACAGUACACGGCCAAACCACAGAAGUGCCCAGGGAAGGCCCCGCGGGGGCUCCGGAUCGUCACCGCUGAUGGAAAGCUGACAGCGGAACAAGGGCACAAUGUUACUCUCGUGGUGCAGCUGGAAGAGGGUGACGUCCAGAGGACAUUCAUCCAAGUGGACUUCGGGGAUGGCAUCGCUGUGUCUUAUGUCAACCUCAGCUCCAUGGAAGAUGGGAUCAAACACGUCUAUCACAAUGUGGGCAUUUUCCGAGUGACCGUGCAGGUGGACAACAGUCUGGGGUCUGACAGCGCCGUCCUGUACUUACAUGUAACUUGUCCCCUGGAGCAUGUACACCUGUCUCUUCCCUUCGUCACCACGAAGAACAAAGAGGUCAACGCGACUGCUGUGUUGUGGCCCAGCCAAGUGGGCACGCUCACUUACGUGUGGUGGUACGGAAACAACACCGAGCCCCUGAUCACCUUGGAGGGAAGCAUAUCAUUCAAGUUUACUUCCGAAGGGAUGAACACCAUCACAGUGCAAGUCUCAGCCGGGAAUGCCAUCCUGCAGGACACGAAGACCAUCGCAGUAUACGAGGAAUUCCGAUCUCUUCGCCUGUCCUUUUCUCCAAACCUGGACGACUACAACCCGGACAUCCCUGAGUGGAGGAGAGACAUCAGCCGAGUCAUCAAAAAGUCCCUGGUGGCGGCCACCGGGGUUCCGGGCCAGCACAUCUUGGUGGCGGUGCUCCCUGGCUUACCCACCGCUGCCGAGCUCUUUGUCUUGCCCUAUCAGGAUCCCACAGGAGAAAACAAAAGGUCAGCCGAGGACCUGGAGCAGAUAUCGGAACUGCUGAUUCACAAGCUCAACCUGAACUCUGUGCACUUUGAGCUGAAGCCUGGAGUCCAAGUCCUUGUUCACGCGGCUCACUUAACAGCAGCCCCACUGGUGGACCUCACUCCAAGCCACAGUGGCUCCGCCAUGCUCAUGCUGCUGUCCGUGGUGUUUGUGGGGCUGGCGGUGUUCGUCAUCUACAAGUUCAAAAGGAAGAUCCCGGGGAUUAAUGUUUAUGCCCAGAUGCAGAAUGAGAAAGAACGAGAGAUGGUCAGUCAAGUCAGUCACCCUGAAAGCAGGCCCCAUAUCCCUCAGACUGAACUCAGGCGGCCUGGCCAGCUGAUAGAUGAGAAGGUGGAGUCCCAGCUCAUAGGACUUGAAGCUGUAAAUGUUCCCAUCUAAACCCUGCAUUGCUGACUCUGAUGGAUAAAUUAUUAUAUAAGCAUUCAUGCUUCACUCUGAUGUGAUAAUGCCAAAUCACCUAGAACGUCCUAUGACUGUUAAUCUGGUACCUGGGGGAAAAAAUGAGUACUUAAAGGGAAACAGAACCCUCUCUUUAAAUGAAUAUGGGAGCGUUCUGUGGCUGUAUUAAGGGGAAAUUUCAAUGUGCUGCCUGGCUCAUGUCAGAGGUAAUAAUAACAAUGGCCCCCGCAUCUGGUGUCCAGUUUUCACAGUGUGCUUCCUUUUAUUUGGGGAGACGGUGAUAAAUGCGUAAUUGCCUUGGGUUAAAAAGAAAAAGCCUUUUCUGUCUUCAAGUCCAGAGAAGUGUUCACCCUAUUUACUUCUAAAGCUUCUAAGUGCAUUUUUGUGGGCCAUUUGGUUUUCAGUCCCAUUUCCAUGGGGUAUGAAGCACAGCCGCUGUUUGCUUCAUUAAAGUAGCAAUCCCUCCUUCGCCAGGAGCAGCUCCCAGCACGUUAUACCGUCUCUGACACCUUUCCAUUGCCAGUGUCAUUAAAUGAGUAAGUGUUACACGUUUUCUCUUAGGAGAGUAGCUUUACCCUCCCCUUCCUCCCCUUCUACUCAACCUGGUGACUCAUCUCUCCGGUUGCAAAGAGCAAGACACGCCACUCCACCUUCAACGCCAAAGCGGGGAUCUGCUGGGGCUCAAUUUGCCAUUUAAGGAAAACCCCCAAAGGCUACAGGCGACCUGCUGAUCAGGAAAGAAUUUCGCUCUUGUCAAGUGCAUCCUUCUCCAUGACCACUAACUUUGUGUUUUUUUUCUUUGUUGUUCUGUUUCCUAUUUUGCCAGGAAGUAUUUCCAUAGUUGCUGAGAAUCAAAGCACAAAAGAAAUCCCUACCUAUGUAAAUGUUUGACUGGAGGACGCCAGUAAAAACAAAAACAAACAUAAAAUAAAAACAAUCAAAAUCUAAACAAACAAACAAACACUCACUGCAUCGGGACUUUUUAAUUCUUCAGACACAGACAACAAGGGUUUUUAGCUUUAAGCCUGUGCAUGUGGACAGUACCUUGAGAACCUUGGAGGGGCAGUGUACAGGUGCUCUAUUUUAAUGGAAAAAACACUCCCCUUCCCCUUUCUUCUCCUCUCUCUUUUUUCUGAUUGGUUGUGUUUGUAGAAAAUUCCUAACAUAUAUAGGCCAAGGAAAUCUGCAUGUAUUUUUGGAAAUAUUCUUGGCUGUAGAUUUAACAGCUAUUUUAGCACUACAGGCUGAUGGGUGGAUUAGCCACCCCAGCCGUUUUCACGAGACACAAAGACAUGCACAGGAGUUUGAAACCCUGGGCUGUUUCUCUGUUCCACUUUACUUGUUGCCAUUUUUCCCUUCUAAGUUAUCUUCGGGAGCUCUGCUGGCCGGCAGGGGCCACAGGUUGCCUUCUCCAUUCUGUACGGCCACAGGGACAAAGAAGCAAGUUCAAGUUCCAUGGAUGCAGGCAGAAUAGGGAAGGAAGGAAGGCAGUCGGGCAGGAGUGUCAAAAGCGGACCUGUGUUUCCUCUUCCCCCCUCCCCAUCACGACAGCUUCCCCCUGUAGCUUUCCCUACUCCUGCCCUGUGUAGAAAACAGAAUCCCAGUUCCCCCGCAUUCUUACCUUCCCAUUUGUUUGCUCUCCACGUGUGGUCAUGAUCUGUCAAGGUCUUUGUGUCUCUCCCUUCCCGUCCCCAAGUUAUCCUUCAACUGCUCCUGCCUUUUCUUCCCAAACAUGUUGCUACAUUCUGGACAUUCAUCCUGAUGUUCCUUAAAUACUGGCCUCGCCUCUGGCAACCCUGCCUCCACCACCCAAAGCUAAUGAUCUCUCUGUCAACUUUGCCCACACCCAUGCAUGCAGCCUUCAUACACGCUGACCCAGCGGCAUCCUGCCCUGCAGGGUUCAGCUUCAUGUAUUUUUUUUUUUUUUUUUUUUUCUAUCCUCCUGUAGACCUGCCUCUUCCAAAUAUCCUUGCCUUUCCCCCCUGGAAACAUAUAAUGUGUGUGAAAGAGUUGAGAUAUGCAAAGCAAUUCAAACCUGGCCCAGGUACCUUAGAAAAGAAAGCAUACAGAUGAAUAGUGGUUUUGUCACACCUUAACAAAAAUCUCCUGCAGUCAGAUUCCAGAAGAUUCUUGUGAGAAAUGUUUUGAACGUGUUACUAUGUGGCAGGGCAAUUUCCUCCUGUGAUGGUUGCUAUUACCCAGUAUUUCCCCCUCUCACAGUAGAGUGAAAAUAUUUGUAAAAUGAAACCGAUGUUAAGCAGAAGAAGAAGCAGCUUAAUGGAUUUGAUGUUUGAGUGUCAAAGAGUCUUGAGAAUGUAUGGAGGUCUUGUCUUAUAUUAGGAUGGGAUUGUAAUUAUGUAAGAUGACCCUAGACUUCUUACAUGUGUGCGCUCUGAUCUCUGAGCAUAGUAUCAGCAAAGGAAAAUAUAAUAAGCAUAAAGGGGAGGAAUUAUCAGACUCAAGCAGAUUGGCUCAAAGCAUGAAGAAAUCCCAGUUCUCCCAGGGCCAUCAUGAAAGAAGGUCCAGAGAAAGAGGGAAACAAAAGUAUGUGCAGCAGGAGCCCUUGGAGUAUUAUGGAUUGGAUAAAGCCCACUCUAAAAUGUAGGAGAAAGUGGUUUCAAAAGACCACUCAGAGUGUAGCCUCCUACUUGGCCAUGGCCCCAGGCCAGCGUCAGGGUAUAACAGGGCCCUGGGGACAGUGGGGGUGCCCUAAAGAUCCUGACGACUACUGCCCUGUGUAGCUCAAGUAGGGGAAGAGUAGCAACACUUCAGUCAGAAGUUAAUCAAGCAGAAGAUUUUAUGGUUGAAGACGCUCCGUAUGAAUCUGGGAAAUGGAUUAUGCCUAAGGCAGCCGUCUAUUUGUGGAACUCAAAUGAUCCCCCACCUGCCAGGCUUCCUAGCCCAUAGGAAACAUCCUCAUUGAAUCUCUUCAGUUGGAGCCUCCCAAAUUUAAUCUGGAAAACAGAGUGUUUGGAAACCAAAAGAGGCUCAUUCACAACAGUACAGGGAGUCCUCAGAGUUGCCGUUCAAUUAAUUUUCAUUGUUAAACUAUGAAAAAGGGAAUAACACUCCAUCUAGCACAGUGCCUUGCCUAGAGUAGGUAUUAAGAAAGUUAUUUGUUGAAAGAAUAAAUGAAUGAAUACAUGAGAAGACAUAGGGAAGAAGGGCUUGUAAGUCCUAACCUAAAAAAGAGGUGGACAUGAGAUGCCUGGAGUUUUGGAAAGUGAUCAGAGAUGGCCGGUUCUAGAUUCAGCAUCUCCAGGGUCCUCAUGUGCCUCUCCUCAGAGCUCCCUCUAACCUGUAGGAGACUAGUGAGGCAAAGUACUGCUCAGAGGGGCCCUUAUUGUUCUUACGAUCUAGCUCCAUGGCUCUUGAAGCGUGGUACCCAGACCAACAGUAUCAGCAUCACCUCGGACUUGUUAGAAACACAGAUUUUGGGUCCCACCGACCCCAGACCUACUGAAUUAGAAACUCCAGGGUUGCAGCCCAGCAAUCUGUUUUUACAAGCUCUUCAGGUGAUUGUGAAAUACACUAAAGUUUGAGAACCACUGUACUAGGCCAUGCCAGCUCAAUCCCGAAGAGAAGGUAGUAAUGAGAAGCUGCCAAUGGGGGGGGACCCAAGUGCCUACCUACUCAACAACAGCAGGUGCAGACACAAUGAGGAGUUUGGUAGGCGUGAGGCCAGAGGAAUGGGUGGGGAGGGAUGGAUGUGGAAGGUAAGAUUCAGGGCAAGCUACAAAUCUGAUAUUGCAAUGUUUUCCAAAAUCCCGGAAGGCAAACUGUGCGUGCUCUACCCUGAACUACCCAACCAACAUUUUCUCCUUUGCCUUAUUUUUAAUUGGAUUCACUGUCCAAAAUGCACAGGUUUGCUUUGCUUUUUUUCAGAAGUUCCAAACAGCAACUUUGAGAGGAAUGGGGUGCUUGGCAGCUGUUCUGUGUUUUCCAGGAUUCCAACUGAGCAUUGA